AUGAGAACGACGUCGCUCAAAGUAGAGACUCACGACGCUGUUAACAACGUCACAGACUUGCUUAUCCAGCAUUGUGAGGAGCUGUUCAUGGUACCAACAACAACACUGGAGAGAAUCAAUGGGGCGGUAUCGACGCACAACCAGACAGAGCUCAAACACACAGCCACGCUAUCACAGGCUCAGGGAGUGUAG